AUGAUCUGGUCCACUUGCCUCCGAGAGCGAGCAGUGCCGGCUGGAGCGACAACAGCACCGCAGUCGCCGGCACCAUGCAAGCGGGAUGAGAAAGUGCCGUCUUUCUGCAUACCUUUCCGCUUCGGUCGAUCACAGAUCGUCAAAGCCAACCCAGAGGACAUUGCACCGCUGCCCCAUGGCGAUGACGGCGCCGAAAGUCCAUGCGGACAGCCAGGCGUGCUCAACUCGAUCAAGUGCUGGUUGGGCUGGGGCAAAAAGCCAUGGCCGCUUCCUCCGGACGAUGUUUUCUACGGGAUCAAGCUGACGCCAGACGAUCUGAAAGACUACGAGCUUGGACAAGUGGUCAAGUGGCGCGAAAUCUUCCUCACGCCAUUCUUUGGUCUGGAUGCUGAUCGCUUAAAGGCCUGGCAGCUGCUCUUCGUCACCACGGGUGGUCCCAAAGCUAGCCCUUACAAGCAAGUCACGGUCACCACCAUCAUCGUCCCGCCCAAUAGCAAGGGCGACAGAGUGAUUGCCUACCAGCGUGAGCGUGCGACGCGCGCGCUUGCUCUCAAAAGAACGCCUAACACUCUUCCCCCCGCCCCCGCCCCUCGCAGCCAAGACAAAUUCUGCCAGCUCGCUUUGGCGUACCUCGUACGCUCUACGUGCCGGUGGCAGCCAAUCCAGCAACUCAAUGUCCGAGCUGGUAUUUUUAGGACCCAUGCUCGAUCGUGGCUGGAUCUGCGCGGUUUCGGAUUACCUGGUGCGUGCCGACCGACCGACCGACGACUGUCGAGCAAGUUGAUUAUCCAUUGACCUUUGCUGCCGUGCACACUUCCUGCUCGAAUCUACGAUGUGCCUGCCUAAACCACCAGGGCCAGAACGACGCUUUUGGCGCGGGCCUGCAGUCCGGACACGCAGUAUUGGACGGCAUUCGAGCAGUGAUGGAGUUUUCCCAGUUGAAACUAGAUCGAGUCAAUCUGCGCGUGGUGGGUUACGGCUAUAGCGGAGGUGCGAUAGCGACGGGCUUCGCUGCGCAGCUAGCUCGGAGUUACGCUCCCGAUGUCGAAGCCAAGAUGCAAGGCUGGUGCCUGGGUGGACUGCCGGUCGAUCUGAAACAGAUCGCCAUGCAUGUCAACAACACGCUCGUGGCUGGUGUCAUUGUUGGCGUUGUGCAGGGUCUGGUAGGUGAAAGAGCACGAGGCUUGUAGAGUCAGGCAACUUUCUGCUGACCAUGCCGAGAGCUUGUAGGCCAACACCUAUCCGCAGCUCCAGCAGUAUCUCGCCGAUAGCCUGACCAGUGCAGCGAGCAACUUUUUCUCUCAAGCAAAAUUGACCGGCUUUUGGUCCGUCGUUCGAGCUUCAGCAGGCGCAGAUAUCCUCGGCCUCAUCUCGGGCAACACAAGCAGCGAUCCGAGCUAUUUCAAGCCGACUUUUGAUCUCAUGACCGACAAAGUGCCAGCCAUGGUGAUGGAGGAGAACCGCAUGGGGGCUGAUCCAAAACAGGUGCCGCGCAAGCCGCUGCUCAUAGCUUGCAGCCUUCACGAUGAGAUUGUGCCCAUCAAGGCUCCAGACGAGCUUGUAGAGAGAUGGGGUAAAGGUGGUGAGCAGGUGAUCCACUGCAGAGCCCCAAUAGAUUUUCUGACGCGUGUGUGUGUGUCCCACAGGCGCGACUAUCGAGUACAUUCGGGACCAGCUGUCUGCGCAUGUAGGUAGAAUGUCGCAUUGCAAGAGAAGCCUACACGUGCGCCCCACUUGACGCGGGAUAGCAUCCCUCCCCACAGGCUUUGCUUUCGUUCACAUCCUAUUCUGCCUGUGUGCGAUGGAUGGGAGAACGGCUGGAAGGCAAAGCGAACGAGGCAAAAGCAGGCAAGCCUUGGAUCCGUAAUCUGACCACAACGCUGACGGAUGAUGGGGACGAAGAGCUGCGUGAGUGAGGGAGUUGAAGAGAGCGUAGUAAAGCGAGCGUAGGGGAUCAGUGUUCAGUAGGACUCACUUGCUAGCACCCACUCACGCACAACAGUCGGCAAGCGUCGUUACGAUGACCUCAAGAACACCUGCGAGAGACGUCAAAGGGAGAACUUUUGGUGUUGA